GUGACGUCACUAUGGAGAACUUUCAUGCCUCAGCUCCUUAAGAAGGUCUGUCGCACUCUAGACAUGGCUGGAACGAAGACCAUUUUUUUAACCCUAUUAUUAUUUCACUUUUUCUCCACCAAACUUCUUCAAGCCCUGUCACAAAGCCAAGAUCCGACAGGAAAACAUGGAUACCCGGCACAACUCAAUUUCAAAGAGAAGUAUUUCACGCAGAGUCUUGACCACUUCAACUUCAACGCUAUGGGGAAUGGGACAUUUCUUCAACGAUACCUAAUCACUGAUUCAUACUGGAAGACUGGAUAUGGUCCCAUCUUUUUCUACACUGGCAAUGAAGGAGAUGUCUGGGAUUUUGCCCUCAAUACAGGCUUUCUCAUUGAAUUGGCUGCUCAACAGGAAGCCUUGGUCAUAUUUGCCGAACAUAGGUACUACGGCAAGUCUCUCCCUUUCGGCAAUGAUUCCUUCAACCUUGAAAAGAUUGGCCUGUUGACAGUGGAACAGGCAAUUGCUGAUUACGCCAUCAUGAUCAGUGUGUUGAAACAUCAGCUGGGAGCCACAGAUUGUCCUGUCAUUGUGUUUGGUGGAAGUUAUGGCGGAAUGCUGUCCGUCUAUAUGAGAAUAAAGUACCCAAACAUUGUAGCGGGAGCUCUCGCUGCCAGUGCUCCCAUACUGUCAGUUGCUGGGCUGAGUGAUCCUGGGCAGUUCUUUCGAGAUGUCACAAAUGAUUUUGAGAGCAUUGCCCCAGAAUGCAGAGAUGCUGUUAAAGAAGCUUUUCAUCAGCUUAAAACAUUAGGUGAACUGCAAGAUUACAUGGAAAUCCAGUCUGCAUUCACCCUGUGUAAGCGUCCAUCAUCUGCAGGGGACAUUUACCAGUUAAAUGGCCUGCUUCGGAACGCAUUCACGCUGAUGGCCAUGUUGGAUUAUCCUUACAGCACCCACUUCAUGGGCAACAUGCCUGCCAACCCUGUCAAGGUUGCUUGUGAUACUAUGCUUGGUGGAGCUGACCUUUUGGCUAAUCUGAGGAAUACUGCAGGGAUUGUGUAUAACGCAAGUGGCUUGCUGACAUGUUUUGAUCUUAAUAGCCUGUUUGUUAUGUGUGCUGAUCCUACCGGCUGUGGACUUGGCUUCAACAGCAUGGCCUGGGAUUACCAGGCAUGCACAGAGAUAAAUCUCUGUUAUGAGAGCAACAACAUCACAGACAUGUUCCCUGCAAUGACCUUCACAGAAAAAGAACGCAUGCAAUACUGCUCCAAAAAGUGGGGUGUGAUCCCGAGACCAGACUGGCUUAAAACACAGUUUUGGGGUGAUGCUCUCUCCACAGCCAGCAAAAUCAUUUUCUCCAAUGGAGAUCUGGACCCAUGGGCAAAUGGAGGGGUGCGGAAGUCCCUGAGUUCAUCACUGAUAGCUAUCAACAUUUCUGAGGGAGCUCAUCAUCUAGAUUUGAGAGGGACCAAUGAUGCUGAUCCGGCCUCAGUAAUCAAAGCCAGGAAGACUGAGGCAGAGAUCAUCAGACAGUGGGUGACGACAGAGAGGACAAUGAAAAGCAAACAUUCACCUUAAUGUAUUGAAUUGCAUCCGGACAGUGUUCACAGCGCUGCACUGUGUCCUCCAUAUUUUACACGCUAUACCCUAUAAUGACAAUGUGAAAGGUUUAUUUAUUUUUUAUUUUUUUAAAGUUUCUUUAAAAUGUAUGAACAAAAAAAAAGUAAGAAAUCACAUGUGCAUAAGUAUUCACGGCAUUUCCUCAAUACUUUUUUGAUGCACUUUCAGCAACAAUUACAGCCUCAAGUCUUUUUGAGUAUGAGCUUGGCACACCUAUCACAGCCAUUUUCAGAUCCCACCAUGUUCAAUUGUAUUCAAGUCUGGGUUCUGGGCGGGCCACUCAAGGACAUUUACCCCGUGUUCCUGAAGCCAUUCCUUUGAAGUCUUGUCCGUGUGCUUAGAGUCAUCAUCCCGCAGUAAGAUGAACAGUCGCCCCAGUCUGAGUUCAAGAGUGCUCUUGAGCAGGUUUUCAUCCAGGGUGUCUUUGUACGUUGUUGCAUUCACCUUUCCCUCUAUGCUGACCCGUCUCCUAGUUCCUGCUGCUGAAAAACAUCCCCACUGCAUGAUGCUGCCACCACAAUGCUUCAAGGGGAACAUUAUCACAAUUUCAGAAAGGUUAAAACCCAUAAAAAUAAGUUCCCAGUGGCUUAUUUUAUUUUUCAAAGUUUUUUUCAAAAUUUUACCCAUCCCGGAAUAUCCGUAAAAAAAGCUUUAAAGUGCCUGAUUUUCACUAUCUGUGAAGCCACCGUCCAUUUUUCUGUGACGUCAUCCAGUGAUGCCAAUACGGAUAGCACAGCAAGAUAUAGCGACAUUAGCUCGGAUUCAGACUCUGACUUCAGCGCCUUAAGCCAUUCAACAGAUUACGCAUGUAUUGAAACGGACGGUUGGAGUAUGAAGGCAGAUAGCGAAAAUGAAAUUGAAGAAGAAACUGAAACUAUUGAGCGAAUAGCUAUUGACGCUAUUCGGCCAUGUCUGCCUUAGCAUCACCGGUAAAAUGUGCAGACCAACAAUCGGAAGUUUUGCAUCUUGUGACACUGGAUCAACUUAAAUCUGUUGAUUGGUAAGUGUUUGUUUGGCAUGAAAUGUGGGUGGAGGGAAACGCUGGAUGAAAAUAUAUUUUCAAAUGUACAUACAGCUAGCCUAAAUAGCAUGUUAGCAUCAAUUAGCUGGCAGUCAUGCCGCGACCAAAUAUGUCUGAUUAGCACAUACGUAAGUCAAUAACAUCAACAAAACUCACCUUUGUGAUUUCGUUGACUUUAUCAUUGGAAAUGCAUCUGCAGGUUAUCCAUACAUCUCUGUGUCAUGUCUGCCUUAGCAUCGCCGGUAAAAUGUGCAGACACUCCGGCACAUUCAAUGGGGUCAGGCGGCAGAUUUAUUUGACUUUAUCGUUGGAAAUGCAUCUGCUUUGAGUGUCGCAGGAUAUCCACACAAUUUUGCCAUCUCUGUAGUAGCAUAACUUUCGUCGGUAAAGUGUGCGGAACAAACGACUGACCAUUUCUUCGGCUUUACCCACACCCUCGUAUUUUGAACAAAUUUCGUCCAAUUUCUUGCCACUUUCGCAUCUUUGGGCCAGUGGUGCAACUUGAAUCCCUCCCUGUUCGUGUUGUUACACCCUCCGACAACACACCGACGAGGCAUGAUGUCUCCAAGGUUCCAGAAAAUAGUCGAAAAAACGGAAAAUAACAGCGCUGAGAGCCGGUGUUUGUAAUGUGUUUGAGAAAAUGGUGACGUCACGUUCUGACGUCAUCGCUCCGAGAGCAAUAAAUAGAAAGGCGUUUAAUUCACCAAAAUUCACCCAGAGUUCGGAAAUGGGUUAAAAAAAUAUAUGGUCUUUUUUCUGCAACAUCAAGGUAUAUAUUGACGCUUGCAUAGGUCUGGUGAUAAUGUUCCCCUUUCACUGUAUUGACCUGGUAAUUACUGGUGCCUGGUUUCUUCCAAUAAUGACGUCUAGCACUCACGCCAAAGAGGUAAAUGUUUGUCUCAUCAGAUCUUUGUUCUCAUGGUCUUAAGUGUCAAACUUUUACGAAGGAACGGCUUCCGUCUGGCCACUCUACAGGCCUGAUGGGUGGAUUGCUGCAGAGAUUGUCGUCUUUUUGUUAGGUUCUCCUCUCUCCACAGAGGAAUGCUGUCGCUCUGACAGAGUGACCAUCAAGUUCUUGGUCACCUCCCUUCUCCCUCGACCACUCAGUUUAGGCUGUACAGCUGUAGGGAGAGUCCUGGCAGCUUCAAACUUCCAUUUACGGAUGAUGGAGGCCACUGUGCUAAUUGGAACCUUCAAGGCAGCAGAUAGUUUUCUGUACUCUUCCCAAUAUUUGUGCCUCAUAAAAAUCCUGUCUCGGAAGUCUACAGACAAUUCCUUCGACUUCAUGCUUGGUUGGUGCUCUGCUAUGCACUGUCAUGUGUGUGACCUCAUAUGUAGACAGGUAUGUGCCUUUCCAAAUCAUGUCCAACCAACUGAAUUUACCACAGGUGGACUCCAAUUAAGCUGUAAGAACAUCUCAUGGAUGAUCAGUUGAACUCAUUUUUGAGCUUCAUGGCAGAGGCUUUGAAUACUUACUGUAUAUGUCACACUGAGUUGAUGACGAACCCCAAGAUGCAGAGAUGGCGGCAGGCAAUGUGCGGGAAAACAUAAUUUAAUGUCCAAAAGUAAAAAUAAAGAAAAAAAAAACACGAACCAGGAACAACCAAACUGGAAGCAGGGAACAGGAACUAGGAACAAAAAGACAGCACGCUGCAAACAGCUACAGGUUCAAUGACAAGUAUUGAUGACAAUAAUCCAGCACUGACUGGAGGAGAAAGCAGGUCUAAAUAGUUUCUGGCUGAUUGACACCAGGUGUGGCCAGGUGCCCAUCAGCCGCAGCUGAGGGGACACAGCACUCAGAGAAACAAGCAGGAAAUAAAAGCGCUGUCAGGAAACAGACAAAAAGCAGAAGAAAAACUAAAACAGAGCCAAACUGUCAGGGACAAGCCUGACAGUAUGUACAUGUGAAUUCUUAGUUUUUUAUUUUUAUUAAAUGUUUAAACUAUUCUAAAAAAAAAAACAUUCACAUUGUCAAUAUGGGUUUACUGUGUGUAGAACUUUGAGGACUUAAAUUAACUUAUUCAAUUUUGCAAUAAAGCUGCACAUAAGAAAAUUAAAAAUGAAGCGCUGUGCUUUCCAGAUGCACCAUAUUUCCUUGUGCUCUGUGUAAUUAUGUCUUGAAAUUUCAAAACAGUUGGGGCUGGGUAAGUUGAGGUCUGAUUGUUUUGCUAGAGUUUGAUUGAUUGAUUGAUUGAUAUUUUUGUUUGUAGAUUGGACAGUUCAAUACGUAUUCCGUACAAUUGACCACUAAAUGGUAACACCCGAAUAAGUUUUUCAACUUGUUUAAAUCGGGUCCACGUUAAUCAAUUCAUGGUUCAUUUCGCGAUAUUGCCAGCUACACAUACAUUUACAGCAUAGAGGGAAACAAAGAUAUAUUAAUUCAACCAAAACAGUGUCAAAGGGCAGUACAAGCAGCUAAUCAAAAUGAGUCAAAGAGAUCAUUUAAAUCCAAGUCAAAAUGAUGGUCUUCUUUCACCUGUUGGCUUCUGGUCUUCUUUCGCUUGUUGGCUUUAAGCCAUCCAUCCAUCCAUCCAUUUACAUGUUUACAUGCAUGUUUUCUGUAAAUGCGGUUGUUUAUUUUAUUGUACAUUUUAACAUGAUCCGAAUAAAUUGUAUUUUAACAAUC